UGUAUUAUGUGGACAAGCUAACCCCUGCCUCUUGACUCUUGUCUCUCUGCAUUUUCUAAGCAAGAAUAGAAAUUUUUGGGAAAAUUAUAAAAAGACCACCAUCUAUUUGUGAAAAUACUUCGAACAUCUUUCAGAGAGAAACAUUAAAGUAAAAAGAAAACAAAAAGAGAAGUAGAGAAAAAAAAGAAGUGGAAAAAUGGGAAGGCCACCUUGCUGUGAUAAAGUUGGGGUUAAGAAAGGACCAUGGACUCCAGAGGAAGAUAUCAUUUUGGUCUCUUAUAUUCAAGAACAUGGUCCAGGGAAUUGGAGAUCAGUUCCUAGUAAUACAGGUUUGCUCCGAUGCAGUAAGAGUUGCAGACUUAGAUGGACUAAUUAUCUCCGGCCAGGUAUCAAACGUGGCAACUUCACUGACCAGGAGGAGAAGAUGAUAAUUCACCUCCAAGCUCUUUUGGGAAACAGAUGGGCUGCCAUAGCUUCCUACCUUCCUCAGAGAACAGAUAAUGAUAUAAAGAAUUACUGGAACACCCACUUGAAGAGGAAGCUGAGGAAGCUUCAGACAGGUGUUGAUGGACACAGCCAAGAUGGGUUUUCUUCCUCACAGCAAAUUUCCAAAGGUCAGUGGGAAAGAAGGCUUCAGACAGAUAUCCACAUGGCCAAGCAAGCUCUCUGGGAAGCUCUUUCCCUUGACAAACCAAGCAGUGAUUUGAGUGAAACAAAGCAGUCCAACACCAAUAGCUAUCAAAGUAGCAGUACUAAUAGAUCAUCCCAAGGAUCCUCAUCUUCAUAUGCAUCAAGUGCUGAUAACAUAGCUCGGCUGCUGGAAACUUGGAUGAAAAAAUCACCAAAACCAGCAGCUCAGACAAACUCAGAGACCACACAGAGCAAUUCCUUCAACAACAAUAUUGCUACUGGUUCCAAUUCAAGUGAAGGUGCUCAGAGUGCAACAACACCUGAGGCUUUUGAUCACUCUUUGUUCAGCUUCAACACUUCGACUUCUGAUGGUUCUCAAUCCGUUUCGGCCGAUGAGACAACAACGACGAAUUUGACACCCGAAACUAGUCUUUUCCAAGUAGAAAGCAAGCCAAAUUUGGAACAACAAGUCCCUCUCACAUUGCUGGAGAAGUGGCUUCUUGAUGAUGGAGGUGUUCAAGGGCAUGAAGAACUAAUCAACAUGUCUUUAGAGGAAACUAGUACUGCCGGACUGUUCUGAACAAAAACAAAAAAGACAAAAAAAGAUCAAAAACGCCUUUUUUUUUGUUUUUUUGUUUUUUUGUUUUUUUGUUUUUUUGUUUUUUUUGUGGAUAUGGGCUUAUUGAGCUUGUAGAACCUCUUGUUUUAUCCUAUAUAAGCAUAAAGAUAACCACCACUAGUCCCCCCUUACUGAAGGAAAACAAAAAGUGUAAAUUAAGAAUUAUAUAAUCCAUAUCAUAAGCUAUUAUGUACCUCCCAAUAAGGAAUAUGUUCUUUAUUCCAAUGGAUUUAGGACUUAUAAUCUUCUUACUUGA